AUGAGACUCUCUGUAGGGACGAUUGCUUCAGAUCAAGAUGAGACAGAGCAAUUUGAUGAGUGGUUAUUGAAAGUUGGUGAUGGUCUAAUAAGUGACAAUAUGGAUGGUGAAUCUGAGAUAUGUCUUCCAGGAGAUAUUGUUAUUCCUUCUUCGGACCAGGCAUUUGAUGAGUUGGUUCAUUUUUCUUAUCGAAAUAUUUUGGAAAACAUGUCCUCAAAGAAUUUUUUCAAAGCAAGAACUAUACUGGCUCCCACACUAGACAUCAUUAAAGAGGUCAACAACCAUCUGAUGGCUAUUAUUCCUGGAGGAAAAAAAAUAUAUCUUAGUUCGGAUUCCAUUUGUAUGGAUGAAGGGAAUAUGGAGAGUCAACUAGAUCUCUAUGGUCCUGAAUUACUGAAUAGCAUAAAUUGCUCUGAUUUGCCUCCACAUAAAUUAAUACUCAAGGUUGGUGUUCUGGUAAUGUUACUAAGGAAUAUUGACCAAUCCAGUGGUCUUUGUAAUGGUACAAGGCUACAAGUUAGGAAGCUUGGAAAUCAUGUCAUAAAAUGUGAAGUCUUAACAGGUAACAAUGUUGGUCAUAUUGCUUUGAUUCCAAGAAUGAAUAUGGUACCAACAAAUGAAACCGUCACAGUUAGAUUCCAACGAAGACAGUUUCCCAUAAUAGUAUCGUUUGCCAUGACAAUUAAUAAGUCUCAGGGACAAACUUUAUCUCAUGUUGGAUUGUACUUGCUCAAACCAGUUUUUACACAUAGCCAACUAUAUGUGGCACUUUCAAGAAUUAAGAUUCCUAGUCAUUUGCAACCCACCACUGAUGAUGAUAAAGAAAAAUUCAAAUACUUGCAAGAAACCUUCUCUUCAAUGUUCUUAUCAUCAAAGCUAUUAGAUAAAAUUAUGCCUUCCAUAUGCGAAUUUGCGAGGGAGAUCAUGAAAAUGUCUAAAUGUGACCGUUACGCAGGAAUUUGGCCAUUUGAAGUGAACCUUCGCGUCACCACAUCCAUUGUUGAUGUCACCACAUCCAUUGUUGAUGAAGAUGACGAUUGUGAAUUUGUUGGAGAGAAUGAGAUGCCAAAAGAUGAUGAUUGUUGGGAUGAGAGGCAAGAUGCAUAUGCAUGGAGAGAUAAACUGAUAGUCUGA